AUGGCUUCGUUGGUGUACACGUUUAAGGAAUUGGUGAAAGAGGCGACAAGGUUGGGUCAAUCUGACGUCCACCGAGAGGGCUAUAGAACUCAAAUCCAACGCCCAGCACCUGGGGCAAUCCUUUCUAGCAUCCGACCCGACGCUCUCUACUUGAGGAGCAAAUUAGCGAUAGUUAUGGACGCCGAGAAGCCUCCGCCUCCGCCUCAGCUGACAGUCACAACGCUUGCCAGACUCGGGAGUCAAACAAAAGCACAGUUGAAGGCAUGGCGACACACCACGCAGAGACACGAGCAGAUUGCGUUGGCAAGAGAGAGGUCAGGGUCGAAGGUCAAGACAACAAAGUGGCUCGAAGACGUUGAGAAGAAGAUUGAAGGGAUUAGCACGAAAUGA